AUGGAGUUGAAAGAGAAUCGCGAUGGGCAAAGCAAAGGUGGUCAGAAGAGAGAACAAAAAGUUGGGCGUCGAGUUGCAAGCGGCAAGGGCAACGAAGAAUACGGCCUGGGAGCGUGCGUCUCUGUUCCCCUCUACCCCGAAGCCACCCGGAGUGCGAAAGUUGCGGUUGCUGAUGACAAUCUGUCUACAACAGAGGAGAUUCUAGCCAAAUUCGCCAGACAGGAAAAGUCUGAUCGCCAGGUAGCAGCCAUCCGGGACCUCACCGAGAAGAAGCGGGCUGCGAAGAAGACGUCGGAUUCUGCCGGUAUCAAUGAAGACGACGCGGGUGCAGAAGUAGGGGAUGGUCUUGAGGCCGAUCGGGAGAUCAAGACGGAGGAAGACGAAUACAUGACCGCCGAAGAGGCAUCAACUGGCUCACUGGCCACCACUUCUGGAGCCGUGGAAGGGUACAACUCAAACGGAGAUGCAGAAUAUCGGCGCGGGCAGGCGACUGUCGAACUGGUACUCGAGAGUGUGCCAGUCCUUACUGAGGAACAAAUUCGACACAAAGCAAAGCUGCGAAAACGUAAGGAGAAGCGACAGGCAAUACAGAAGGCGAAUGAGGACUGGAAAAAGGCCCAGAAGAAGGGAAAAGGGAAGAAGACUCGACGUGAUGCUGGAAUUAAGCAGGAGCAGAACUGA